UUAACGUUGCAAUGGAAGUCAUUUUAUUUUUCUAAAUUUUACAGAUACGUGUACGUUUUCUGCGAGAAAGCUGAGAAAAACAGCAAGGGCGGAUGGGACUAUGAGGUGAAACCUUACAAGCCUGCAAACUUCCUCCUUCAAGAGAUCGCUAUCCGUUUAGCUAACACUAAAGCGCACUGGGAUUCAUAUGUUGAAGAAGGGCUGCGGCGCCUGCGCGGCGUGCCGGGGCGGUGGGAGGCGCCGGCCAGCGGCACGGACCGGCUGUGCGUGGACGUCGGCCACGGCGCCUACAUCGAGGUGUCGCACCCGCGCCGCAGCCUGACCAACUAUAAAUGUUCGUUGACCCCCGCUUGUGAACCCUCAUUUUUUGGUUACACUAACGUAGAACCCGUCAAUGCUCCCGUGGACGCCGGAGGGUCCAGAUGGACGUCUUUGGGAAUCAGUUAUCGCCGCGGCGGCGCGCGCUGCGUGCACUGCGCGCCGGUGGCGGGGGGGCGCGCGGUGGCGGGCGCGGGGGACGCGCGCGCCGCCUUCGCCGCGCAUGCGCGCGCACGCGCCUACGACUGCGAGCUGGACGCCGUGCUCGACAGCGUCGUCGGCAACCGGAAGGACUGCUUCCUCUCCGUCAGAGGUAUUUCUGACUACCGUGACGGUACCCGCGGUAAGGAAUGGCAGCCCCGGGCCGCGCUCUGUGCCGCUGCUGUCAUGAAGGCUAUUGUCGCCGCCAUGGAUCCGCCAACUGACUAAGUAUCUCAAUGAAUGCCAUCAUUCAAUAUAUUAUAUUGGACGUAGAUCGCGGACACGUAGCAUUAUACCCGUAAUGCAAUGCUACUGUGGUCUGAUUUAUUGCCAUUUAUAUUUAAUCCAUAUUACCGUGUUUGGGCCUUAAAUAGUACACUUUUAGUAUUUAUUGUAAAAAUGUUCUUUGUUAAAAUAACGCAAUAUAGAAAUCCAACUUGGAAUGUGAUGAGUUUAAAAUAGCUCAUUAUAUUAUUUAUUUG